AUGCCCUCUCGACACAUCCUGACGUUUCUCGCUCCAGCUUGGGGUCAUGCACUGCCUUACAUGCACCUCACAACUCGAAUGCUGGCUGCUGAUCCAGAUUUGGUCGUGACAAUUGUUCAGCACAACAUCGUCGUACCGAAAAUGCUCGAAGAGUUGAAAACCUGUUCGUACGAUACUAGUCGGUUACAAAUCGCGGGUGUAGGAGAGAAGGAGAUUCAAUUUACCCCGAUGAUUGUCGGAACAAUGAUCAGCCAACUUACAGCUGGAUGGCUGGAGAUCCUCGCAGAUGCAGUCGCUGAGAAAGGCGAUUGGCCCAAGCCGAAGACGCUGCAUAUGGACUUUUUUGGAGGGGGUUUAGUUGUCGAAGAAUCGAGGGCGAUGAUUGGACCGGAAGGAAAAAUUCUCGUUUGGUUUUCAUCUUCCGUCACAUCUGGCGUGGACCAUUUCAGCGAAUACAACUUCACGAAAAUCGCGCAAGAAAUAUGCGCUGACGAGAGCAGAAGAGCGGGAAGAACGGACGAUGAAAUUUGCGGCGAUGUCCUCUGCGCCAUGAAUGGCAGCGACAAACUAGACGGGCGUAUUCUCGAGAUCAUUGGCGGAUUGAAGAUAUACGAUCAUGAGCACCAAGCACAGGGCGCUGGACCACCGCGCGUACUCGCUCCCAUUUUGAUAUCUGCAAACAAGUUGGGUCGGUUAGCCGAUGGCUUCUUCUGCCCGAGCGGGAUCCCUCUGGAGCCAGUCAUAACUCCUCUCUGUCAAGAUUACUACAAGAAACGGGGACAAGAACUAUUCCUCGUCGGUCCUCAAAUGCACGACGAUGAAUGGGACGCGCCAUCCGCUGGUCCCGGUCCUAGCGAUGAGAAAAUCAAAACAUUUUUGGACGGCGCGCGCCAGAAAUACGGGCCAAAAUCAGUGUUGUAUAUCUCUUUUGGUUCAUUGUUCUUCCCAGUUGAGACGCCCAAUUUGGUCGAGGCCAUGAUAGACGUGCUGUUGCAGCUGGAGACUGUGAUUCCCUUCGUUUUCGUGCUGGCUGGAAAGAUGGCUUCAUUGCCUCAAGAGACGAUCGAUCGCAUCCACGCUAGUGGUAGAGGGAUCGCAUGCUCACAUUGGGUUGAUCAGAAAGCCGUCUUGAAAAGUGGCGCAGUUGGCUGGUUUCUGACUCAUGGGGGCUACAACUCGCUGACCGAAGCGCUCAGUCAAAAUAUUCCACUCAUCUUCUGGCCGAUCGGAGCAGAGCAGGCUAUCAAUGCAGCUGUACUUUCCACAGGUCCCCGUCCGAUUGGAAUAGAACUUUUCCAGAUCCGAGCAGGUACUCAGCUGGGGCCAUCUCUUCGUCCGGAGGCACCCAAGAUCACAGGAACAGUCGAAGACGCCAAGAUAGAGUUCCAGAAGACGUUCAAUGAUAUCAAAGGAUCUAGAGGCCACACCCUUACACAGAACGCCAUUCAAGUUGGAAAGCUGUGGCGCGAGGAGAGAAUGAACGGGGAUCUUGAGCGGGAGAUUGCGAGACUGACGAAAUUCUAGAGAACAGACAGGGGCCUAGAGGUCGGGUUUUAGAACACAGCAUCUUUUAGAGCACACCGGGCGGAUAUAGAACCAAAAAAAAUCGACAGUGCGUAGCCGUACUACACCGUCACGGCAUGGAUCCAGAUUGUCACUGCC